GCUCGGGUAGCGCCGGGAGCAGCGGGAGAGGUUCCGGGUGGAUCGGGAGCUUCCGGGAUCAGCGGGGAGAAGCGGUGCGGGUCAGGGCGAGCCGGGCCGGUUCGGGUUGAGGGGGAGGAUGAAGAAGGAGCAGGUGGUGCACUGCCAGUUCUCCGUGUGGUACCCGCUCUUCCGGGCCGUCACCAUCCGCAGUGUGAUACUUCCCCUACCAGACAAUGUGAAAGAAUAUUUACUGGAUGAUGGAACACUUGUGGUUUCUGGAAGAGAAGAUCCACCCAGUCAUGCUCAGGAGGUGAGUGAUGAUGCAGAGGAAAUACAGUGGUCAGAUGAUGAGAAUACUACAACACUUAAGGCACCCGAAUUUCCUGAGUUCACAGCUAAAGUUGAAGAAGCAAUAAGUUCCUUGGGUGGUAGUGUUUUUCCUAAACUUAACUGGAGUGCUCCAAGGGAUGCCUACUGGAUAGCAAUGAACAGUUCUUUGAAAUGUAAAGCUCUCAGUGACAUCUUCCUCCUCUUCAAGAGUUCAGACUUCAUCACUCGUGACCUCACUCAGCCAUUUAUUCACUGUACUGAUGAUUCCCCAGAUCCUUCCUUGGACUAUGAGCUUGUCCUUCGAAAAUGGUGUGAGCUAAUCCCUGGUGCAGAAUUCAGAUGCUUUGUCAAGGAAAACAAGCUCCUAGGUAUAUCACAGAGGGACUACACACAGUACUACGAUCAUAUCUCUAAGCAGCAUGAGGAGAUCUGUAGAUCAAUACAGGAAUUUUUCAAGAAACACAUACAGUAUAAGUUCCUGGAUGAAGACUUUGUGUUUGAUGUGUACAGAGACAGCAGGGGUAAGAUUUGGUUAAUAGAUUUUAACCCAUUUGGUGAAGUAACAGACUCCCUGCUGUUUACAUGGGAAGAACUGACCUCGGGGAAAAACUUGAAAGGAGACCAGGGUGAAGGGGAAGCAACAGAACAGGACUCUCCAGUUUUCCGUUGUACAAACAGUAAAGUUACUGUCCAGCCUAGUCCGUACCUGAGUUACCGGCUGCCAAAAGACUUUGUGGACCUUUCUACAGGAGAGGAUGUUCACAAAUUAAUUGACUUUCUUAAACUGAAAAGAAAUCAGCAAGAUGAUGACUGAAGUAUCAAGAAGCAUUACAUUGAAUUACAAGCAAGAAAAGGGGCAAAAGCUAUAAAUAGCAUAACUAUUAAGCUAUUGAUUUAAAGAAAACCUGAUUUUUAUAGUGAAUGAAAGCACCAAAGAGCUGUUCAUCCUGCAUGUCUGUUGGUUUAUAUUAAAAGUCUUUGUCAGGGAAACAUGAAAUUACAGGGUGAGUUCUCACUGGAUUCCAGGUUAAAUGCAAUUAUACCAUGGUGUAAGCAAGCAGCAAUCUGAGUACAACAGAACAACUGUUUUCCUAUCUCAUAAUGUGAAGAUUGAUGCUGUUAAAGUGUGCCGUUGGACUCUUUAGUGAUAAAUACAACAACAUUUAAUGCUUGUGCAGUUAAAACAUCAAGCAUCCUCUGUAUUUAGGCACAGCCUUGCUUAAAAUAUUGCAGUCACAAGGAAAGAAAGGAAUGUAUGGGUUUUCUUUCUGUAAUAAGCUUUUAAAAUUGUAAAUUGACUUUGUUUUGGGAGCGCUUCUCAUCCUUCCUUUAUGUAACAAAAAGUGGAGAAGGCGUUUUUUUUUCAUGGCUAUGAAGGCUAAUUCUUCAUUUUGGAGAGCAGCUAUAGUAGGGUAGUUAAAGUGUCAAAGUUUUGCAUUUCAGGAAUUUGAAAUUCUGAAUGCAUUUCAAGUAAAUAAUAUUUUCACAAUAGCUAAAGUUAUGGACUUUGUUAAACUUCACCAUAUUGUAUUUCAUUUUCGCAGUAAAGCUUUCUUGAAUUAACAUUAUUUCGUACUAGACAUCAUCUGUGGCUUUAAUAUAAAUAGUUAAACAUAACAUCAGCCUGUAAUUUUA